AUGGCGACCGACAACAACGAACCGGAAAUCGUAUGGCGUCCGUCGGAGCGGCAAACCAUAAUUUCCAUGGACGAGUACCGCGAACACAUCAAUAAAAGCUUUGACUUGAGACACAGCAACACAAAAGACCUUCAGAAAUGGUCUGUGGAAUAUCCGCAUGAUUUCUGGAUUGAUCUAUACAAAUACUUGGAUCUUGCGCCUCCCCUGCCAUCUGCCAUCAACAAAGCCUACGAUGACACCCUUCCAAUGAGCAGCAUUCCACCGUUUUUCUUGGGACAUGAGAUCAACUAUGCGGAGAAUGGGCUUUUUGCCAACCCAGAUCCUGACGCAGUGGCAUUGAUCGGUAUUAGAGAAGGGCAGGGCAUCUACAAGGACGAAGGAGAAUUUGUUACUUGGCACGAUUUUCGAGAACGUGUCAGACAGAUUGCAAGUGCACUGAAGCGUAGUGGUGUUAACAAAGGAGAUCGGGUUGCUGCUGUGGUUGCUACGUCAACUUGGGCUAUACUCAUUUUCCAUGCGGCGGCCUCCAUCGGGGCCAUCUUUACAUCGAUCAGUCCAGAGCUUGGAGUCGAUGGAUGUAUAUCAAGACUACAGCAGGUCACUCCGAGCUUUGUUUUUGUCGAUAGCCACGCAAUCUACAAAGGCAAGGCAGUACCUACGAAACAGAAGAUCGAAAAAAUAUUUCUGCAGCUCAAACCACGACCCCAGGUGGAGGUCACUUCCUUCGGACAAACUCUCAUUUACAAGGGUGCCAUUUCAUUACCCCUGAUGAUAUGUUAUUCCUCUGGAACCACCGGAGCCCCAAAAUGCAUCGUCCACCACCAUGGUGUUAUUAUUCAGUUCAAAAAGAUAUCGAAAAUCCACAACUGCUUGACUCCAGGAGACGUGGUCAUGCAAUACAGCAGCACAUCUUGGGUUGUGUUUUAUGGAAUGUGCGGUCAUCUAACGGUUGGAGCAACAAUCGUGGUAUACAAUGGCAGUCCCUUGUUUCCAGAUGCAAAACAACUACUGCGUAUUUGUGAAAAGUAUAGGGUGACACUUCUAGGUGCAUCUCCACGUCUGCUAUUGGAAAUGCAAAUGUCUGGAAGUGUCCCGAAGAUUGACUUCGAUCUCUCACCAUUGAAGACGGUCCACACUACCGGCGCUCCACUAUCUGUAGAGCAGUACAGAUGGUUUUAUCAAGCUUUUCCACCUGCAGUACAAAUAUGCAACAUUGCUGGAGGGACCGAGACGGGCACUGCUCUUAUUGCCAUGGAUCCAUCUGGGCCAAUCCAUGCAGGAGAAAUGCAAGUUCUCGGACUUGGAAUUGAUGUCGAUAUUCUGGACCCAGUGACUGGGAAAUCGAUUGCCCAUACAGGAGAAGCUGGGGAAAUGGUAGUCAAGAAGCCAUACCCGAGUAUGCCGUGUUUCUUCUGGGGUGACUCUGAUGGCAAGUUAUACAAGUCAGCCUACUUUGAGCGCUUUGAAAAUAUCGACGUCUGGGCGCAGCACGAUUGGUUGAGGAAAAAUCCAGAUACAGGAGGCUUUAUCAUGGAGGGAAGAAGCGAUAAUGUCCUCAAUCCAUCCGGUAUCCGUUUUGGCAGCGGUGAAAUUUAUGCUAUCAUUGAAAAACGGCCAUUCACCGAUUACUUCAGUAACUGCCUCUGUGUUGGUCGUAGAAGGGAAAUUGACACGGAUGAGCAGGUUUUCCUCUUUCUUGUGAUGAAGCCUGGGGUUUACCUUACACAAGACUUUCGCAACAAAGUUGAAACAGCGAUCCGAAACGGACUAUCGCCGCGCCAUGUGCCCAGGUUCGUGUUAGCUGUUCCGGAUAUCCCAAUGACAAUCAACGGAAAGCGGGUCGAAAUAGCUGUCAAACAGAUGAUAAGUGGCAAAGAUGCGAAAUUGAGCGCGACAGUCCAAAAUUGA